AUGAUACAGCACGCUCAAAGGCGAUAUAUUGGUCUUCAACACUAUCAUGAGGCGACAGGUGUCCAAACCGGCGAAAGUGGGACGCAUCGUGUGUGGCUGGCACGGCCAAUGGAACCCGACUGCAGAGGAGCUUUGGCUCGUGCUGUAUUUCUGACCCAGAUCCCGGAGACCGACGCUUUGUUACCGUCGAUCACUUCCUCCCUUUCUUCGGUGAAUCGAUUCGGGGAACCCGUCCAUAUUGGUAUGCACGUCGGCGCGAGCGACGCCGUAUGCUGUGGUGAAGCAAAUCGGGUCAGCGCACAGAAUGAGGUUAUAUCGUCACCAACCUGUCUCCUGGUUGCCGCCACAGAAUCCGGAUUUGGCUGGGACUAUGGGGAGAGCAGUUCGAGACAUGAGUCGCGAAAUGUCAGCUCUCGCUGGAUUCCUGCCCUGCGAAACCAGGAGCAGGAGCAUGCGACAUGGAUGGAAGAUUAUUACCAGAAAGCGUUCGGGUGA